UUCCAAGUGACAGUCGUCCAUCUCUCUGACUGACCAGACCAACGUCUUUUCAAACCAGUCGCCCGCAACUAACAGUGGUCGGUCUAAGGUAAGUGUUGGAAGCUUGGUUAUUACAGGCAAAUUAUUGCUCUUUUUUAUCAUGUCCCAGCCAUCUGUUAUUCGAGUGUCUGAAUAAGCUAGUCUACAUCGAAUAUAUAGUAUUGGUGCCUGUAGCUUGGCUGGAAGCGCCAUAUUUCCCUCGUUUUGUGGAUGCCGCAUAUAUAUAUUUGUGGAUUUUGAGGUAAUGUUAGACUUUUAGUUUCAACAAUCCGUAGGUUGUUGAAACCGUUAUGAGUUCAUUUCGCAUGUAUUUCGUUUUCUAACGGUAACUUGACCGUUAGUUAAUUGCCUUUGCUUGUCUGCUAGCUAGUUGGCUGAAGCUAACGCUAGUUAGUUAGCUAGCUAACGUUAAAUCGUUAGCCUAGAUAGCGCGCGAAAAUAUAUUUAACCUUAAUUUAGCUAAGGUGCUAUGCUUCUGCCUGUGAAAUAUAUGUAAAAUGUCAUUAGCGUUAGCUGAUUAACUAACACGGGUUAAUGUUACUGUAUGUCUAGAUGUGAACUAUCUAAUUACUUUAGCUAUCAAAUAUUCUUUAUUAAAACUUUUUUACCAAUUAAAAACUUAUGCCAUUGCUACAUGCGCAGUUAACUCAAUGCAAUGUUAUGUUAACUAGCUAACUGCCCACGAUUGAAAACGCCACCAUUUUGUGCUUGCUAGUCAACGGAGUAUUUCCAAUUGUUGAGAGCUAACGUUAAAAAAUGCCCUUCGGUUAGAGCUGCUUCGGACUCCAUGUUUGACUGUCAGCGGCCGACAGCUGAGCUGUCUGGUGGGGUAAGACAGUAAAUAAAACGUGUGUUUGUAACUGUAGCUUACAAGUUAAGGUCAGAAAGCUGCGUUAGCAACUGAUGAAGAUCAGUCUUGACAAUUUCAGGCACCGCUAGUGUUUUGGCUGACGGUAAACUAGCGAUGUGAGUGAGUGGGUGAGCGAGAGAGAGGGAGCGGCGUUGUGGCUGCCGUCAGACAGAGCUGUGCUGAUCCGCGCAGAGCUUAGUGAGCUGUAAAAACUGAAGGAAGCUGUAUACUAUGUGCCACAUUUUGUGAUUAUAUAAAUUAUGUGGACCUUAAAGCAAUUCCUGAAUGUUAUGUAAAUACACAUUAUUGAUUGUAGUGACACAAACGAGCUUAAAUGUAUGAUUUUUGACCAGCUGUGGAGGAUGAAGCAGGACACUGUUUGAAUAAGUUUCUCAAGGAGAGCACAGGACAUGUAACUUAUACAGCAGACACUUAUGUUCCAGCAGGUAAAAAUAAUGGAUUUAAUGUUAGUUGACCUUAAAAUGUUGGUGCUUGUAUAGUCUAUGAUUUGUCAGUUUGAAGGCAUAUAAACCUGUUGAUUUGUCUGUAGUGCAAAGAUAGCUGUAGACAUUUUCUGAUAAUAGUAUACUUUUAUCACACAGUAUCUGUCAAUACAAAGUUCAAAUGAACACAUGUGCUGCUAAUGUCUGUGGCAAAUGUAUCUCUGCAUUGAGAGCAGAGGAUUGUGUUUUUGUGGAUAGAAAGUUAAAUUGGGUUUAUUAAUUGGGUAUAUCAAAAUGGCCAGAAAUAACCAAUAAAAUGAUAGUAAAUUAUAAUGCAUAGAACAGACCUGGUGCCUUUACUGUGCACAGGUCAGGAAAAACUCUGUUAUGAAUGAUGGAUGCUGCUCACCCAGACUUGAGCAUAAGCUGUUCGUUUUCAAUGUCUUGUGCAAUACAGUAAUAGGUUAAGCACUAUAGUCAUACAGUCACUAAUGACUAAUGUGGACAUAUGUAGUCAUUGUGAUGGUAAAGACCUCAUAACACUGAUACAUCGGCCAUUCAAGGAUGUUCAGCAUUAAGCAAGGCAAGAAUGUUAAUUCCGAAACAUGGACAUGAGCCAUGGCAGCACAUACUGACUCCUAACAUGAUUUUGGUUCAAUAAUGUUUCUCUCUGCCAUAGAUAAUGAAGUAGAUGGGCCUACACUUCUCCAGAUGUCUGAAAGAAUGAGUGAGCGAAUCUUUCCAAAAAUGAAAGACCAAGUGAAGUUCCUGUCUGCUUUAGCGCAGCUGAAAGUCAGUGAAAGCGAAGCCCCUGUGAGUCAGAGAGCCCUAGCAGCCCAACCAAUGAUCAACUGCCAAGUCUGGUUUCCUCCAACAGUCUUCACGGCACUGACCAACAAGGGUGCAGCUCUGUUUGACCAUUUGAGCCAAGACACAAUGUAUCCGUCUCAUAUACAGUAUGAGCAGCUCUUUAAGUCUGUCCUGCUCAACUUCCCUUUUCUGAAGGAAAGUUAUGGAUCUGGAUAUCAAACAGAUGCAAUGGAUGCUGGGGACAACAAAAGAAGUACGAGCCACCAUAUUGCAACAAUGAAGCAGGAGUGCCAAAAGAUGAGGCCUAACUUGGUCAUCAUUCGCCAAUGCCUCCAGAGAGUACAGAAGACACUAUAUUCAACAACACUCUACUGCAGAGGUCUUAAAAGAAUUCACCUGCUUCUCUAUUCCAAUCUUGGCCUGUUGGUGAAUGCAGCCAUACUCCUCCUACCAUCGGUCUUCAAAGAAAAUGCAUCACAGCUCUUUGCAAUAGAUAAGGAACCACUAAGCCCAACACCCACAAUUGUCCUGAGCAGCAGCGAUGGCAAGCCCCUGAGUGACAGCACAGAUGUUUUUGUAGCAGUGGAUGGACAAAAAAUGAUGGUGGACAAUGAAGACGCAGACGGUUCAUUGGCCAUGGGUGUUGUGUUGGCCCUCUAUCAUCUGAAAAAAACAUUUCGUUUUUGGAGGCAUUUAUCCUGAAGCUGGACACACGGGUACCUGUAGCUGUGCAGAGAGUGGCAAAUGCUCUGAACAUUUCUUAGAUAGGACACUGCAGCACAUGGAUUACAUUGUAUAGAGUUGAUUUCUGACAAUAAAGUGAAGUGCAGUACA